GGAGAGGAGCGCGCAGAGCCAGAGAGAGAGAAGAGCGGCCGUGAGAGACGCGAGAAGAACGGCGGAGAGAGGCGGCAAAGGAGCGGAGAGGCGCGGCGGGCAGAGCGAGAGGACAAGGGGCUCCCCCCGCGACAACGAGCGCGACCCGGCACGAGGAGGAGGAGGAGGAAUCUCAGUUGCGACCAUGACUACCGGGCCACGCGCCGCGCUCAUCUCGGCGUUAGCGCUGGCCGCCGUGCUCUUGCCCACGUGUCGAGCCGGCGCUUACUACCGUGACAAGUACAAGCCGCAGGCCCAAGCGGCCCCGCUGGGGGCUGGGGCCGGCCUGAAGGCCGUGUCCUGGGACCACCAGGCGGGCGGCCUGGGCCUGGGCCUCCCGGCGCAUUGGGAUCAGCAGCCGCAGCACCAGUGGGAGCAGCCCGCCGCGGGGAUGAAGGCGGCUGGACAGUGGGACCAGGGGCCGGGCCAGGGUUUGAAAGCGGGCGGAGUGUGGGAACCGCAGCCUCAGGGUGGGUACAAGGCAGGGCCGAUGGCGGGUCAACUGCCCCAGGCCGGCAAGGACAAGUACAAGGGUGUCGCCCCAGUGAUGCCGGCCGGCAUUAAAGGUGAAAAGGGAUACCAAGGCGAUCAGGGAGCACGGGGACCCCCAGGGGCACAGGGCCCCCCUGGGCCCCAAGGAAACGGACUGCCAGGUCCCCGUGGCCUACAGGGCCCACCAGGGCCUCCUGGAUUCUCCAGCAUUGGAAAACCAGGAAUGCCAGGGAUGCCAGGAAAACCAGGGCUUGGAGGCCAGCAAGGCCCCAAAGGUGACUUGGGCCCACAAGGUCAGCCAGGCCACAAAGGCCUGCCUGGGCUUCCAGGCCUUCCCGGGCCACCAGGCCAGUCUAUUACUGGAAAGCCAGGCCUCCUGGGGCCACAGGGCCUCCCAGGGCCCUCGGGACAGCCAGGACCAAAAGGUGACCAAGGAGCGCCAGGCGUGUCAGGUCUCAAGGGCGAAAAUGGUCAUGGGAUUCAGGGCAUCCCGGGCCCGAGAGGCCUACCAGGCCCCAUUGGACCACCCGGUCAACCAGGCUUGCCAGGCGAAGGAAAACCAGGCUAUGACGGUAUGCCGGGUAAGCCAGGCCCAAUUGGACCUGUUGGGCCACAUGGGGAGCUCGGGCCUAUGGGUCCCUCAGGGCCAAUUGGACUUCCUGGUCCUAUGGGAAUGCCCGGUGAAGGCAAGCCUGGCUUGGAUGGUCUUCCUGGCUUAAAGGGACCUCCAGGGGAUAAGGGCCAUCAAGGCCUACCCGGGAUGCCUGGGCCACCGGGCUUCCCAGGCAUUGGCAAGCAGGGCCUGCCGGGCCCCAAAGGGGAUCGUGGGCUGGGCGGACAGCUUGGCCAACCUGGCAUCAAGGGCGCACCCGGUCAUGUUGGGCUGCCAGGCCCCUUAGGGCCUAAGGGUGACAAGGGCCUUCCAGGACUGCCAGGCCCUCAGGGUCCACCAGGCGGAGGCGGUCUGCCGGGAUUUAAAGGCGAACCAGGGCACAUGGGUUCACCUGGCCUGCAAGGGCCGAGAGGCGAACCAGGACUCGAUGGCCUGCCUGGGAAGGGAGGCCUGCCGGGAGAUGUUGGAGAGCCAGGACCCAAAGGACUGCCCGGGGCCCCUGGACUCAAGGGUGAACCAGGCCACAAAGGACACCAGGGACUUCCAGGUAUAACCGGCGCACCUGGGGGUAAAGGAGAACUUGGCCUGGCUGGGCAGCCAGGACCCAGAGGCCUGGCCGGAAUUCCAGGCAUGCCAGGGCCUGUGGGCCCUAUCGGCAUACAGGGAAUCCAUGGGCCAAAAGGAGAGCCAGGGGUGCCAGGAUUGCCAGGGCCGCAAGGAGAAGGCAAGCAAGGCCUACAAGGCCCAUCGGGGCCCGCGGGAAAUCCAGGUCUUCAGGGCCCUCAGGGUCCGCCCGGUCUUCCUGGCCCACCAGGCCCGCCCGGCCUUCCUGGCGUGGGGCAGCAAGCCGGCUUCGGAGACUUCCCCGACAGGGCGGCUGCGGCGGGCGCCUCAGACGGCCAGAAGGCAGGCUCGCAAAAAUACAGGGGCCAAAAGGGCAAGUACGACAAGGGCCAGGGCGGGAACGGGCAGGUCAAUGUGCUUCCCUUGACGGCGAGUUCCGCGUCGGCCUUCACGGCCCGCCUCUCGGCUCCGUUCCCUCCGGCCGGGCAGCCCAUCAAGUUCGACAAGGUCAUCUACAACGGGCAGGGCCACUACAACCCGUUGACGGGCGUGUUCACGUGCGAGGUGGCGGGCGUCUACUACUUCGCCUACCACGUGCACGUCAAGGGCGCCAAUGUGUGGGUGGCGCUCUUCAAGAACGGCGUGCCCGUCAUGUUCACGUUCGAUGAGUACAAGAAGGGCACGCUGGACCAGGCGUCGGGCAGCUCAGUGGUGGAGCUGCAACCCGGGGACCAGGUCUUCAUCCAGAUCCCCUCUGAUCAGGCCGAUGGCCUCUACUCCACCGAUCACAUUCACUCCUCCUUCUCCGGCUUCCUCCUCUUCGCGGUCUGAGGCCUCUGCAGCACUCGCCCCAACCGCCCCCCGCCCCCCCCCCCCGCCUCCGACGCGUAAACCCCUCUCCUGCCCAGACGAUAUCUUUUCACGCCCCGUGGCAUGUCGUUAUUCCAUUGGGCCAUCUGCGUUAGCCAUACAGUCAUCAUUAUUAUCAUCACAUGCAUACCAUCAGUAACCACUGCAUUGGCCUAGUUUACUUCAGAAUUGUAGCAGACUAACUUUACUGAUCGGCAAUCCCCCCCACGCCCUCCACAAGUGUUUGGAAAGCACAAACGUUUAUUCUUUGGUGCCUCUAUAUCUUCCUUACAUGGGCACAUCGUAGAUGCUAAAAUGCAGUAUUACCAUAACGUAUGAUCAAAUAUUAUAUGGCGCACGUGCACACUCGUUCACAUAUACAAAGACGUGCCUACACAAAUACACACAGAUAAACGGUCAUGGGUUCAUUGAGUAAGUGGAGAUGUUUGCUAAAUUUGAAUAAAGUCGCAGUGCAUUCCCUGCCACAUUUAUUGGUCAAAACUAUUUGAUUCUAACUCUGUGGUGAGCUUUAGGCAGCUGACAAAGUGAUAAGUGGGCACAAGCAGGCAACAGGAUAAUUAUCCACAUAUUGCCUUGCUUGGUAUUACAAUAUCUAUGUUUCCACAGUUCAGUCAUUGCUCAAACCUGAGCACCAUUUGAUCCCAGGGUGUAGAGUGGGUCCUGUGUUGCCAACGCCUUUCCUCUCUCCUCGGCCUGUCAGCUGUCCCAAGGCCUUAUUUGGCAGGCCCGAGUCCCCUGCAUUGGUGUCCUCUUGUUAUCAACCUGCAGCCACGCUCGCAUUUAUCAUGCUUUAGAUUGGCGCAGUAGCCGUCAAUUCGUUUGAUCUCGCAAAAACGGGAAAUGUUGACCCUCGGUGUAAAUGUGUCCUUCAGUAGCAGACACUUUUCCUCUGUAAUUCUCAGUUGUGAAGCACCUGUACAGUGCACAAAGUGAGUUUGAGGUUGUGAUAGUGCAGUUGAUGUCCGUAUGGAAUUAAAUAUACAACUUGGAACCCGAGCUAAAGAGAAGAACAAAACUACAUCGGCGGAGCUUGUGGUUUCAGAAUUACCGAAGUAAUUGUAGUUUAAUGUUUGUCUGUGAACCGAAAUCAUGUUUUUAUAUCAUAGUUAAUAUGUAAAGGUCAUUUAAUAUAUAAAAUGUAAUCAUUGCAGUUAGAGGUUUAUGAAUACAGUAAUAGCUAAUUUGGUUAUUGGAGGAGAUGGUGUAAAAUGCUCCCGGUCACGGAAAAUGACGGUCACGGAUAAUGUAAUGAACUCGAGGGACCACGCCAUUACGCUAAGCAUCCCACAUUCACCUUAGCGAGGCCCUUUCCUUAUGAAUGCACAGAGGGACCACGCAGCCCCCCCGUGCAAGUAUCGUUAUUAAAUACCGGAGUGCAUUUGCGGGCGAUUCUACGCAGGCGAGUACUUUAAAGACACGCGGCACACGUUCAGAAUGCUUAACGGACCCGCUUGACAGGAGAGUUUAACUUUGAGCACCAAAAUACAUACACGUUGACAGAACCUCUUCCACCCUUUAACCAUCUUUACUCGAAACACAUUGCCUUGGCGUAAAUGGACACAGUACCGAAAGCCAUAUAGAACCGGAUAAGCAUCAUAGGAUCCAAGAGAUAUAAGUAUUUGUCAUUAUUCGCGAUGCUUUUGUUCCUCGCUGACUCAAAUCUCUUUGUUUUUGCCAAAACGUGCCACGUGUCACUUUUACCGUUCCAUGCGUUCGUCUGGGUUGGGGCCCAGUUACAUUCACGUCAACUUGCCAACCUGGGCCUGCCAGUGUAAGCACAUGGCCCCCGCCGGUGGCUUUCAACGUUGCCACACGUGCCACCUUGUGUCCAGGACAUCCUACGGCCGUGUGGUCACGUGUUCUCUGGCUAGGGUGGCCCACCUGUCCAGCACUUGACCUCGACAAUCCGGGAAUUGGCUUCUGUGUUCAGGGGGCAAGGGAGGGGGGUGCGCAGGAAUUGAUUUCUACUGAGAUCUAACACCAGUUUUGUGUAGAAGUUUAUUGCAGGAGACUCCGACAGUUAAGACCUAGGCUGUGACUGAGAACAUCUGUCCUGGCCUGGGCCUGUGGAAAAGUUCACGAAACUCUCGCACUGGACCACCUACAACAAGGCGAACGCUUUGGCACUGUGUGUUCACCGAUCGUGGUGACCACUUAGCCAGUGUGAUGCCACGUCGUAAUAACACACAUUGGCAGAACAACUCGGCCGCCUUCAAGCUAAUCUCAGUCUUUGCUGUGAGGCGUCUUGAGGUGUUUUAUUAGCAUUUGGACGCUACGUAAAUAAAUAAAAUGCCAUCCUUUCUGCCAUCCGAACACCGAACUCUGGUGGGGGCAGUAGUUGUGGUGCAUUGCCCAGUGCAGACACACACGCAGGCACGCAUUGCUUCCUCUGACCCAAGUCCACCCGCCCAUCACACCUUAUCCGCAGCGCAUCGCAAAUUGCCGCGACAAUUCAUCUCGCCGCACAGUCCAUAACGCGACUUUGUCAGAAUUCCUGCAAUGAUUUCACGUUGCUAUUCUUUUACGUCGUAACCACUCAUUCUGGUGUAAGUGUAUCUUUAACCUCCUGGGCCCUGCAUUAGUUCACAUCUGUACAAUCUCGGCCCCGGACUAUCGGUUGUACAUCUGUGAAUGGGCGCUGUGUUGACAGUGCUCCUUUGUGAUCGUUGAACACUGCAUCCCCCUCCGCGACCCUUAAAGAAAAAAAAAGCUGCCAGCAACUCCCGAGCACUAAUAGCAGACGAGAAGGCGUCUGUUGAAGUGAACGAGGUUAUGGGAACGUGAGAAAAGACAGCGCUGGCAGGGAGUCCCCAGAGCUGGGCAGCGCGAGGAAAUGAAUGAGUCCGUCCGAGCGAGUCCGUCCGAGCGAGUCCGUCCGAGCGAGUCUGAGUCCGUCCGAGCGAGUCCGUCUGAGCGAGUCUGAGUCUGAGUCCAAGUCCGAGUCUGUCCGAGUCCGAGUCCAUACGCGAGCGAGUCCAUACGAGCGAGUCCCGUCCGAGUCCGUCCGAGCAAGUCCGUCCGAGCGAGUCCAUCUGCGCAAAACUGUGCUCUGCAGACCUUCAGACGACAAAGGUUCAGUCGAUGGACGCCGUGCAGUACGCCCACGUUUCAGAUAUGUUCACGGAAUGACGUGUAUACGAAAAUUUUCUAUAUUGUUUGUAGUUGUACUUCGCUAUGACGCCAGACUAGGACCGCGAUUGCAACGCACGGUAAGCUAACAACCGAUGGUUUUAAAUACAGGUAGCACCUGUGGUCGUAUACAGCUCCCCUUUCAGCAUGUCUGCGACCUCCCCUCUCUAUCACUCUCGUCUUUAAAAGUUAAAUAACGGAAGAUUGAAUUUGGGUUGGGCUCUGAACCAGAGGGUUGCGAACUGGCUUUUUUUUAAUAGGAGCUGUGUGAGUUCAUAAUUAAGAGCUGGAGGUCUUCAUGGCCAGUGCUGUUGAUGUGGAGGUCAUCUGUAGUCCAAGCAAGGUUGAGAAGAACUGCUGGUAAAAGCAUUGUAGAGCAUUUCAACCAUUCAGUGCUUAUCCGAUUACUGGAAUAAAAUCUGUUACAUUUGCCUUUAAAUUGACAUUAUUCCGAUACGCUAAGAGGCCUUCAUCCAUCGCAACGAGCCUAUUCAUAACAUCGACCCCCCCCCCCAUGACAUCGAAUAGAUGUUUGGCUCAAACGAGAAUUGAGGCGGAGUUCAUCUCCCAGUUCACAGCCCUGGGUCAGUAGUGGACAUUCCACAUGCCUAUGGCGGGGUACGAGUUGGUCUGUAGGACAACCACCGUUGACUUUGUCAAAAAGGUGGUGCUCCUUUUUUCAUCGCGCGAGGAUCCAAGUCUGAAAAAACAAGAAUAGGAUUUUACCCCUUUCUGCCAAUAAAACAGGAGUUGUGUUAAGAUGUUCAAACACCGAAUAUAACCUUUUUGCAAGGGAUCGUGUGCUGCAUUAACCACACGUACUUGUGGUGAACAUGCAAACAUGCUCUGAUAAUGAUAUCUGCAUUGUCUUUGAAACUGAUUGGCCUGCACCAGAGGCAGCAGCCUUCUUUCGAGCCAAGUAUCACCGGUGUCAGACCAGAGAACGCCAAAAGGCGAACAUAACAGAGACAAUGCACUAUCAGAGCAUUAUAGCUCGAGGUGAGCAGAAAGGGUAAAACCUAGUCUUAUUUUUUCAUACUUUGAUACUGGCAAAAAGAUCAAGUCUGUAGAUCCUGUACGCACCACUGUAUUUUAAGAUGUAUGGGCAUGAGAACAACGUAUGGGCAUGAGACCAGUGUAUGGGCAUGAGAUCAAGGUCUAUAGGAUCACUUUCAGUGCCUAGCGCUGAACACGGUGGGCGAGGGGACCCCUCAGCACCCACAAGGCGUCUGUGGGAUGCGGGGCUCACAGUUCGUGAAGGAUCCGUGUCGGGGCAGGACGGCUGGGUUCCUCGGCACGUUGCUGACUAAAUGGCAGCUGUUCUUGUCCGAAAAUGCAUUCUUACUAUUCACGCCACGGCUUUGUUAUUCAAAUAUAUGUUUUCAAAUCAACAUUGAGCAACUGAAAAGAGUUGGGCGGGACCGCUAGCAGACGAGCGUGUCACUAAGCUAGGACGAUGAUGUCGCGUGCAGUGAUAGAACAUAGGGUUUUUGUUGUUAUUGCUCGGGUUGCAAUACUGUUACAGGGCACUGCAAUAACGGUUACGGUACGAUCCCUCGGGGGGGGGGGGGGGGAUAGGUGUGAGAGAAAGGAUGAAAUUGUGUUAACGCAGUGUCACAUUGGAUUGCCAUUCCCACCCGCGGCUGGUGUGGCACUCGUUAGACAAACACGGUCGUGAUCGUUUUGCUCUUUCACAAAUUUGCAUCAACAAACCAAAGGGGGGGGGACUGUGUUACUAGGACUCCUCUACUUACGAACACUCGACUUAGGAACUUUCAGAGAUACGAAGAAACCUGUCCGCACAGUCCAGUUGCCUGUUCGGACCGAGAGUCGUAAGUUCGACCGCCGCGCAAUCGACGGCGGUGGUGGCAUUCGUGAAGAACCUGCGGCCAGUCCCCGCGUUUGGAAUUGACAGGAGUAAAGUUGGCCUUACGAACAAAUCGACUUACGAACAGACCUCUGGAACUUGACUCGUUCGUAAGUAGAGGAGUGCGCUGCACUCACUUCAAGUUCCUUUGUGCAACCGAUGCGCGCAUCACUGGGCCCUGUCAACUGCAGUUCCGGCGACGACUGCGAAUGGUCGCCACGCGUUUGUCGCAAAAACACUCCCUCGCUUCGCACCAUUGGUCUUUAAGCCUCAUUAUUUAUUGUCACGAGAGAAGACAGGCAAGCCACGAUCCUGCAAAUGCGUGUUCCUUACUUUAAAAUAAAAACGCUUGACCACCAAAACAAAAGGGAAAAAUGGGUUUUAAAUUGUAUUAAUUUAAAUAUCAGGUUUUUUUUUAUUCUUGCAGUUUCCAGAAGAAGAAAUACAAAACAUUUGAGUCUCGGGAGUUGUUGGUGAACUGCUGAUAUUGUUACUGUGACUGCAGCUGUGUUUUUGUGUGUUUACGCACACACACACACACGUGUCUUAAAGCAUAUUACAGUACUAUUGUGGCUGUUGUUCUUGUUGCUGUUCUUGCGUGUGUUGUUACAAAAGAGACCAACUAAGACACACGGGCAGCUGACGGAGGGGGUCUUCCCUCAGUGGAAGGGAACGCUAAGCUUUAUCACUACAUGGUGCUGUUAUUAAUAAUGGAUGGUUGCUCUGGCACUUGCAUGCUAUAACUGCAUUCUGAAACGGUGCUAAAUCUUUGUACAGAACUACACAAUAAAGUGCAUUCCUGUUCUUAA